AUGUCGAGACACCGAGAGGACUGGCGCCACAGCUGCGGAGGCGUCGUCGCGGUGGCUGCAAACGCCGGAGGCGCCGCAGCCGUGGCUGAGAGCCUGCGAAGCUUCCGGCAGAAUUGGGGGCACUCUGCGACCCAACGGGAGCCAUGCUUGGAAGAGAAGGAGAAGCUCCGGGCCGCCUUCGAUGCGCUGCCGGUAGGCGCGAAGGAGCUCCUCCUUUUGGUGAUCCGAGGCCCGGGUGCUGCUGCUCUGAAUUCCUUUUCAUUCAAAGAAGGGCGUCGAUGUGGCGAAGUGGAGGCCCCCCAGUGA